GUGGGUCCGCCUGCUAUUCCAGGUGGCACGAAAGCUGUGCUCUGCGAGCAUCGCGGCGACUGGAAGUGGCUGGUCCAGUUCUACAACUUGUGGGACAUCGCCCUGGACCGCGAGUUCGAGAGACGAUCUAGCGAGGAUGCACUGGUCAAUACCAUGGGUGAUCUGAUUCUUUGGUGUUGGCAAGAUGAGCGAGCAGCUCCACAGGGCUACAUCCAG